AUGGCCAAUACAGUACUUAUCAAAGCUCCGGCUACCUUCUUCUUCUUCUUCUUCUUCUUCUUCGGUUUCUUUAUUCAAACCAAGCAAGAUAACCCAUGUCCUUAUCCAUGUUACCCACCACCAACAGGCCCCGGAGGAGGCAGCGGCGGCGGAGGUGGCAUAGUCACUCAAACACCUCCGGCCAGUUAUUCACCGCCCUCACAAACAGGAGUAUACCCUCCACCUACAGGGAACUUACCGAUUUACACACAGCCACCACCUUAUGGUGGCAAUUCUUUCUACGGUCAGCCCCCUCCUGACCCUAUCUUGCCUUAUUUCCCAUUCUACUAUAGAAAACCUCCACACCGAACAGAUGAUCAGUCAUCGGGAACAACAGUUUGGCCUGGGAAAUCAAUGUUCAUCAUCACUGCUACUAUCAAUCUUCUUGUAUUUAUCAUUCUGCUUAUUUCUACUUUAGGGAAUUACUAG